AUGGCAAGAUGGAUACUUUUCUUUAUAAUUCUUACAGCUUUUUCUGUUAACAGAGCUGACAGUAUGCAGUGCAAUAAAGAAGUAAAAGACGUUUGUCACCAUAACGCCGAAUGUAUACGAAAUAUCUGCGUAUGUAAAAGUGGUUUCCAUGGUGAUGGAGUCAAAACGUGCAGUAAAAAGUGCAUUUGUGAAGCUGUUGGAGACCCUCAUAUUCACGGUUUUGAUGGACAUUUCAUGACCUUCCCUGGCCGAUGCAGAUACACAAUGGCGAGAACAAACACUGGUCAUGAUUCUUGUGGAUUUAACAUAGAAAUCAAGAACGACAACGCCGGACCAUCCGGGGAUCAGGAUAUGCAAAGUAGCUGGCUGAGAUCAGUUUAUAUUCAAACACAAGACCAUAUCAUCAAAUUCAAACGUAUGAGAAUAAUAGAGGUUGAUGGAUAUUUACGAUAUCUGCCCGUACAUGUGAGUUCCCCAAAGGGAUUUCUUGCUAUAGUUCACAAUGGCCCAUGGGUAAUUCUGGCUACAUCUUGUGGACUCCACGUUAAGUGGGAUGGCGAUUCGACCGUGAAAAUAGAGGCCCCAACGAGAUACAUAGGUAAUUUGACAGGUUUAUGUGGCAACUGUAAUGGUUCACCUGCUGACGACUACACAACUAAGACUGGUGCAGAUGAAUUCAAACUGUCUCCUUUAGUACGAGAUAUGGUUGUAGGAGAUAGUUAUCUAGUCAGGGACAAGAACGGAAAACCGACACUUCAAGAAUGCAUGACAAUAUUAGUAAACAACAGAUGUCCACCGAAAAUAAAACAGCUAGUCUAUGAAAACUGUGGCUUUCUUAACUAUCUUCAUCCGAGAAAUCCUUUCCGUGGCUGCAUAGAUAAGAAUCCGAGGCUUGCCGAAGCACUUUUGCAUGCAUGUGCUAAAGACGCAUGUCAUUACUGGAUGCUUGGUCAGCUUUUUAUGAAGAAAUUAGUUUGUGGAUACAUGUCAUCUUUUGCGGAAACUUGUGCUAGGAAUGGUUUCAAAAUCGUCUGGAGACAUGAAAAUUUUUGUCCUCUGUUAUGCCCUCCAACUAUGCCAUAUAAACCUAUAGCAACACCUUGCCAAUCAACUUGUUUGGCUCCUAAACCAGGUGUAUGCCAUUUGUCAUAUAAUGAAGGCUGCCAAUGUCGUGAGGGCCAUUUACUUAGCGGUAAUACAUGUGUUGCACCCAAGCUUUGUGGGUGCCAAACAAGCGCUGGCUAUAUACCUGUUGGUUCAACUUUCACCGCACUAAACUGUUCGGAGAUCCAAGAAUGUCAAGUGAUAACAGGAAAGCCAACAAUGAUAACAAAACAACGUAUUUUCUGCCAUGAAAAGGCUAAAUGUGUUAAUCUAGAAGGAAAAGCACAAUGCCACUGUAACAAUGGCUUUACAGGUGACGGUAUUGACCAAUGUAUUCCUGAAACUAUUCCAAAACCCGAACUAUCCAUUGACGAAACCAUCAAUAAAUUGAUAUCCUACAAACGUCCUACAACUGUUGAGAACCAUAUAAAAACCAAACAACCAAACCAUUACCAGAAGAAAAUCGUAACGAAUCCUAAAUCAUAUCAAUCAAUUGUAAAAACUACAAGUCAUUUGAAUCCAUCGAGAUUUCACGUGAAUCCAUUACCACCAUUACAUCAUACAGAGCACGUGACAACUCCUUUGAAGCCACUGUCAUCAACGAGUCUUAAUACAAACCGGAAAGAACGAAUCACAAUUAAGAAGCCGACUAAUUACAAAAAAAAUACCAAACAAGUUUCUCGUUUCAAACCACUGCUAGCAGCAAAUAAUAGAAUCUAUAAGAAACGUGUUAUUGGUCACAAAGAACCAGUGUUAAGAAACUUUAAUACGCGAACUAAGUCCGGCCAAUUUAAGACUGUCGUGAAACCAGUGUCACCAAAAUUGAACAAAAGACGUGAGAAAAAACAAUACAAAACUCGAAUAAGACCAGCUUCAACAAUAUACAUAGCUAAAAGUAAGAGAGUUCAUUCCACAUCUCACAAUAAUCCAUUGUUAUCAACCGUUACUAAUGGACACGAGAAUGAAAACAAAAGGUGGUCCAAAACGGUCGUGAAAGAAAAUACUAAAAGUCCUUCUGAUUAUGUAAAAAAUCCAAAAACUAAUAGAAAUCACGUCGCACCUUUUAAGAACAAAUAUAAAUUGAUUUCUGGCCGAACCAAAAAAUCAGAGCCAUUGACAACACCGGAACUGACAGAUAGCUAUUAUUCUGGUUCAUCAACAGAAGAAGAGUGGUAA